AUGACAGCCAUCACCGCGUUCAAGGGAUGGACGAGUCUCAGUCCAGCUGAUCGAGCCAAGCUCGUUCUCGGGGCCGUUCAACAGGCUGUGUUCACGCUCAAGUCCGGCGGACAGGCAUUCAAGUCGAUCCUGGACUUUAGAGCGGGCAAGCAGCGUUUCCUCGCGGCCGCGGCGGCAGAAGCGGCGACAACGACGGACAUGAAGAUCGCCGAGGAGGAGAUGGCAGACUUCUUCGGCGAGGAGAACCUCAUCGACCCCGAGAUGCGGCUCAACGAAAAGGUCAACUCAUUGGGCAAGAGCGAAUUCCUGGAGUUCGAGGCCCGCGAGACCAGAAUUGAGCUGGAGCGCUACAAGGAGCGGGCGACCGUCGAGACUAUCGAGCAGAAGGAGCAACUCGCCCCGCUGUCGGAAGACGGCGGAGUGUCGGAGCUCGGGACGGGGUCGGCGGACGGGUCCGCCAAGUACAAUUGGAAGGCCAACAUGUUCCAGUCGGCCAUGGUCAUCAUCGGUGCCGCCAUUGUCGUCGCCAUGUGCUUCGCGCUGUACCAGAACUGGGGCAGGCAGAACUGGACCGACCGCAUCAUGGGCAUCGCCAACAUUGCCGUGCAAGCCCUCAGCGUCAUCGUCGAGGGCGUCGCCCUGUUCGUCGAUUUCGGCUUCACAAUCGUCAGCACCACCAUUACCAGCUCCAUCAUGGCCGUUUGCGCCUGGGCCGGGCCGAUCCUGGCUAUUGUCGGGCUCGUUCUCAUGAUCGUCGCCAUGAUCAUCAUGGCGGUGAAGCCACGACCGCUCACCGACACGGAACAUUGGAUGGUUGACAAAGGUUUUCCUUUUGUUGACAAGACACUCUCGGAUCCUCCGGGGUCCCAGCUCACCUGGGAGUUCUCCUCCGACAGGUUUGCCGCUAACAGCGCCUCGCAGCGGCUUGACAUCACUGGAAAGAAUAUCAGCUCGGAGAACGUCAGCAUCAUCAGGGCGUUCACGAACAUCACAACGGGUACGUCCAAGUCGAGUCUGUUCGCCGACGACGCCUUCCAGGAAUCGUCCGAGACGGGGACAGCGACAGGCCGAUUCUCACUCGAGGCGUCCUCAGACGCAGUCAAGAAGGCGCUCGAAUUCAAGUAUGUCGUCGGCACCCCCAGCUACGGCGACGUACACAGCGAGACCAAGGAGACGGACAAGCAGACGCCCUACACGCUCUCCGUUCACCCUGUUCAAGGGACUACCGUGGACAUUCAGGGAAAUGAGAAGCCGGGAAGCAUAACGUUGAAGCCAGGCGAGUGGCUGCGCAUUGUGCUACAGGGGAAGACAGGGGAUAAAUACGCCAAUGGCUUCUACCUAGAAGUUAGAGAGGACUGGGAGGAUGGUGACUCGGUUGCUUCAGCGCAGUACAUCAACCGUAGCUAA